AUGCGUGCACACCGCGCCCAAGCCGUGCCCCACACCGUGCCACCUGCACGCGCCCAAGGAUGCCUAGCCCCUGGCCUCCCCUGCCUCUCGCUCCCGCUGCCGCACGCCGCGCUCCGCCCCUCCGCCGCGGCCACGGCCAGCACCGCCCUGCUCCCCUCGCCGCCCGCAACCGCGCAGGCCUCGCCGUGCCACCGCUACCCGUUCCCUGCAUCCGGUCCAAGCCCGUGGCCUCGCCCCGCUGCUCCUUCGCCGCCCGGCGCCCGCUGCCGGCGCUCGCUCCUGCAUCGGCGCCCGUUCGGGCUGGGCGACAGCGCCCCUGCGCCCGCACGCCCGUAA